CGGGCGGUAAACAUCACGAUUGGCUUCAAAGUUCUGCAAAAUCCUAUUGAUUCGUUUGAAAAAUGGCUCGUCAACUGACCAAACUCGGAUAUUUGGACGUUAAGAAAACGUUGUUCAUGCUCUGUGACUUGCAGGAUAAGUUUCGUCCUGGCAUGAAGAUGUUUGAUCCCGUGAUAAAGAACACCAGCAAAUUGCUACAAGCCGGCAAAAUCUUGGACGUGCCACUGAUCGUGACAGAACACUACCCCGAGAAGCUUGGUCGCAUCGUGAAGGAUCUGGACGUGGCUCACGCGAAGGGAGUUUACCCGAAGACGCUCUUCAGCAUGAUGAUACCGGAGGUGCAGCGUAAAAUCGAAGAACUGUACGGCCAGAGCGGUCCGGAAACGGUGGUUCUUUUCGGUCUCGAGUCGCACAUAUGUCUCGAGCAGACGGCCAUGGAUUUGCUGAGCAAAGGUUACACGGUCCAUGUGGCGGCGGAUUGUUCGGUCUCGCGCACCCAGGAGGACCGCAAACUUGCCCUCGAGCGUAUGCAGCAGUACGGUUGCAUCGUAUCCACUAGCGAGAACAUUAUCUUCAAGCUGAUGCGCGAUAAGCAGCAUCCGGCGUUCGAUAAGAUACGCCACCUGGUACGUGACCCGUCGGUCGAUACGGAGUUAGCUAAGUUGUGAGACAUUUGACGAUUCGCGAUUGCGACGCAUUGCCAUUGGGGAACAGGUUCUACGGGAAGAAACGGACGCAUUUACCUUCGAAAGGAACGCAGUAGUGUUAUUCUUUAUAAAAGUGGUUAUUCAAAAUAUAGACAGGUGAUUGAAUUUCUUAAUUCUUUUAUUUAAUGCAA